UAAUCAUUAUUUUAUACUUAUGGAUAUUCGUUUUUACUUCUAGUAAAUUAGUAUGUCUAAAAGCCUUUUUCCAGAAAAAAGCAUGUAAUCUGUUAGUAUACUUCAUAUUGUUAUUGUGCUUUGGAACAUCAAAGGACGAAUAAAUAUCAGAUACCAAAGCAUUUCGGUAACUAGACGAAACAGAUACUAACCGAGAAGAUUCAAAGUAAAAUAUUGAUCGCUUAAAGUAUUAUGAAAGUAGGCGCAUUUAUUCCCAAUUUACUUGUUCCUUUUCCACCUACGUCCCACCGGAAAGCAUAAACGAACUUUUUUUCCUGGAAAAACUACCUUCCAAAUCAAAGAAACUGGUCAAUAUAUUAAAUUUAUCACUGCUCGUAAUAUUGAACUACCUACUUUUAAUCACACCACCUCUAGAUUCUGCUACUGACACCUUUUAUGUUAUCACCUAUUAAACCGACCGGUAUCAAAUAUCGGUAACCUAAUUAUUGGUCGACAAAAUGUAUUCUCCCCUCAUAUUUUCAGUAGCACAAGAAUCACCGCUUUAAUGUUAAUCUCUUCCUCUUACUUUUUCUAACUUGUCAGCUGAAGUUUAGGAAAUAGUCAACGAACCUUUCAAAACAUUGCAAACUAUACACUGUGUAUCUCAUUGUAUGAUCGUGUUAGAUGUAUAUUGUUUCCUAGAUAUACAUUCUGCUUUUGUUUGUUCAGUUACUCAUAAGUAGCGGAGGACUUUGCAGGAAUCUGCAUCUGUCAAAAUUGUUUAACUUCAUAUUCUCACAGAAAAGGAUUAACAAAAUGUAAAACUGAAGGAGCGAAAACGCUAAUGAAAAUGGUAAACGAUGAAUACGAACUAUUGUUCGUAGGGAACAGAUAAAAUCAAGGUGUUAACACUACCAAGUUAAGCUCAAAGCUGAAAAGCGAAGAAUACAUCUACUCAAACUGUUUUUUGAUCAUUUCACUUGAGGUGUGUAGUCAUAGAUACUGAUAAAAAGGGAUUGGAAGGUUGAAGGUAGUCAUUUAUGGGUUUUAGUGUGCCUUUGAUUGCACGUCAAGUUCUAGGUUUUAUUAUAAUUAUGAACUAAACCAUAACUAGUGUACUCAGUCAUUCUGUUAGCCUUAUUUAUCUGGGAAAGCACCAGUUGGUUGAAUGAAGUCCCUUACUUGUUAGAGGGAAAUGGUAGAUUACCGUGAAGGGAACGUUUCAAAAUCCGCUGCAAACGCUAGUAAAUCCACCUUGCCUUUUUCAUCCUCGUAGAAAUCUCAUGAUAUCAUGCCUUUUUUCCGAGGCUACUCAUGUUCUUUCUAAUAACAAUUUUGGGAUUAUUCUUCUUGCUCUUCAACAAACAAGUUUGUUUAGUCUGAUUCGUUAUAGUAUUCCAUAUUGUUUUGUAUGUAUGUUUUCUCCCUUCAGUGGAUAUUUGACAAAACCAAACAACACAAUAAUGUUAUAUAUCGUUUUGAAGAGACUUGAUUUUGCAAUCGCAUCAGGUCUGCGUUGGCUAUCAGCUGGUAAGCUUACUCGGUAAAAUGUUAGGCCGUGUUCUCAAAUAACCCUGUUAAAGAAAUUGAGUAAAUAUACCUAUGCCAUUGGAAAAGAUAUCAUGUCUGUUUAUCUCUAUUCAUCUUUCCAUUUGUAAAACAGUUCAGAAAACAAAUCGAAUAUCAUAUUACAAUGUCAGCGUGAUUAAAAAAAGUUGCUGUUAAAUAGUUUCCUAGUCAUAAUGUUAUAGGCGAUGAAGAUUUAAUCAGUAGUGUUAUUAUUUGAAUCACAUCGCUUUGGCCCAUUUUUAGUAUCAUAAAUACGACAUAAUUUGUUUUAUGGAGAAAUGAAGUUUGUUGUUUUUCCGUUUAGUAUUUCGCUCCUGAAUGCUAUUCAAGUUUUAGGAUUCCCCUAAAUAGUUUUAGAUUCGUUUCUAUUUUGCUUACAGAAGGGAAUUUCUGCUGUAGUUUGAACGUAUGUAGUCUAUAUUCAUUACUAGUAUUGUAGAACUGUCAAUUUCUGACUAAGCAUGAUAAAUAUCUUUAAUAUAAUUAUUUAAUCACCGUUUUAUGACUCUCCGGAUCUUAUAACUUUUCACAAUUAGCCAUUAGACAGUGAUCGCUGAGAAUUCGUUUCCAUUUUCUACCUAGUUUAGGGAAAUGGUAUAGAAUUAGUUACGUGCUAUAAUUGUGCCAUGGUCUCAUCGAAAAAGUGUUCAUCCAAUCUGCUACUCACUGUUUUGUCUCAUCUCACUAUCCGAUUUAAGACCAGUUUAUAAGCUAUUGCUAAAACGUUUAUUAAAUAUUUGAUCUUACGUAUACCUUCAUUAAGUGCAAAUGAGAAUAUUGCCUGUACAUAUUUUUUGGGAGUUAAGUAUUAUAUGCCAUAAGUAGUAGUCUUAAUAUAAACGGAUACGUAACAUGUCUUUUAUGAGCAGGAUGUGCCAUGCAGUGAAGUAGAACGUGAAUUCUGGCGUAUCUUACAGGAGUAUAAUGAUGAUGUCGUCGUUGAAUACGGCGCUGAUAUUCACUCAAGUUCUCAGGGGUCGGGGUUUCCAACAAAAUCAAUGCUAAAGAACUUAGUUGGCACUGCUUCCCAACUGGCAGAAGCAAAGAAGUACGCUGAUAGCCCUUGGAACUUAAAUAUAUUACCGUUGUUAGAUCGAUCAGUCUUGAGGUUCAUUAAAGGAAACAUAGACGGUAUGAAAAUCCCUUGGUGCUAUGUUGGUAUGGUUUUUUCUAGCUUUUGUUGGCAUAUUGAAGAUCAUUGGAGCUACUCCAUCAAUUUUAAUCAUUGGGGUGAGCCGAAAACUUGGUAUGGUGUAUCCCGUUUGCACGCAGAUGAUUUUGAACGCGCUAUGAAAAAACACGCUACAGAACUUUUCGAUCAAGCACCAGAUUUACUGCAUCACAUUACAACUAAUGUAAAUCCGAAUAUUUUACAAGCAGAAGGUGUACCAAUAUAUCGGACUGAUCAACACUGUGGAGAGUUUGUCGUGACAUUUCCGCGCGCUUAUCAUGCUGGAUUCAAUCAAGGCUUCAAUUUUGCUGAGGCUGUUAAUAUAUGUCUACCUGAUUGGCUUCCUAUUGGCCGUGCUUGUAUUGAACAUUAUGCUGAAAUUAAAAGACAUUGUGUAUUUUCAAACGAUGAACUAUUAUGUACAUUGGCUGAAGUAGCUGUGGGCAAUGUUCUUCCAGAAGAAAUACUCACUUUAACAAAUCCUGUUACUAGCUGUACUUCAAAUGGUGAAUGCUCAGACAAUCCUGAACCUCAUAUCAGUGAAAAAUUACCUCCUGGUUGUUCAACUUCAGGUCUCGACAUAGGUGCUGUAGCUAUUGUGCAUCAAGAGUUUACUUGUGUGCUCAAAGAAGAACGACGGUUACGAGAAUUAAUCAUCCAAAGUGGUGUGUCUAACUCGAGAAAAGUUAGAUUCGACGAAAUGUCAGAUGAUGCACGUGUCUGUGAUUUCUGUUUGACUACUCUUUUUUUAUCUGGAGUUAGUUGUUCAUGUAUUUAUGAAUCGAACACCAGUAUUCAAAGAUUAGAGAACCCAAAUAACCGUUUUUUGGAUGACCUUAGUACAACUGCACGAAAACACAAGAUGUCGGAUGAACCAUAUGGCAUUAUAGAUGAAUCUAAUGAAGAGGAAAAGCGACCUCCUAGCCAUAUGGUUUGUCUAAAACAUGUGUCCGAAUUGUGCAAGAAAUGUCCACCCUCAGUUUUUGUACUCAACUAUCAUUACUCAAUAGAGGAACUAUGCAGUUUAGAACAAUCUUUGGCUGAUCGCCUAGCCCAUUUUUAUGCAUGGAGAAAUCAGUUAUCUGUUAUAAUUAAACCGAGUGAUUCAAACACUUUCUCAAGUAAUCACUUCAUGAAACAAGAAGCUAAUGAUAAUCAUGUUGUUGUAUCUAACAACUCAACUUCAGGUACUAUGACACUUGAGGAAUUGGAGAUAAAAUUGACCGAAGGCAAGGCUGCUGGCUAUCAUACUGAUGACAUCUACAACGAUGCUAAAGCUAUGUUAGAUCGUGGUAAACAUCUUCAACAAAUAUGUGUCAAAUUAAAACCCUCCAUUAUUGGUUCCGGGAACACUGAUAAGUUCAAAAGCUCAUUAACAAGCAUAUCAUCGACCGUCAACCCUGUAAAAUUUCAAACCCGACGUCCUGCUACUUUUACCGUGGCGACUUCUUCGACUAACGGUUGUGCAACACCACAUAAAAUUAUCAAAUUGCCUUCGAAUAAUGGAUAUGUAGUUCUCAACCAUGAACUUGACGUCAACAAUCCCCGGGAAUACGAUCUUUUACGACUGAUGGAAUCUUGUGAACAACAGCAUCCUCUCAAUCUUUUUGAGGAUCCAUCAGUACAAUUAGUCAAACGGCUGUUAAGUCAGUUAACAACGUGGCACCAAUCAGCCCGUGAUAUUAUUAACCUACUAUGCAAUUUAAUCCUAACAAAUGCCACUCGAAGUAUUUCUACCAGUUUUUCCAUAUCAGAUAGUUUGUCCAAUAUUGGUGUUAGUGCGGAUUGUCUCCCUAAUGAUUUCUACGCUUUCUCAACAGAUGAUCAAGCCUUAAUAAUCCUUGACUAUUUUUUGGAGAAAUUACGAAAUGAAUUCCCAUCGUAUGUGUAUCGUAUAUCGGAAUGGAAUUCUCUUAAUCUCCUACGUCAUGCAUUGAGAUGGCUCUGUAUUUAUGGUCGACAUGAUAACAAUAAAAGUACGUGUUGGUCAUUGCCUCAUCUUCGAAAGUAUUUGGUUUUUGGUGAGGAAAUUAUUUCACAGCUGACAGCAAUUACCUCGAGUCAAAAAUCUCACUCAAAAAUAGUUCAUUCAUCUUCAUCAACUGUUUCAUUAUCUAUCCGAAACAACCAGACAAUUUCUCAGUCUCCAGGAUCUUCGUUUAAUGUUAGCAAUAUCGACACUGCUUUAACUCAGAUCAUGAGGUUUGUACUAGCUCGAAUGCAUACGUCUUUAGGAAAUCUGACCCAGUUGGGUGUACAAGUUGAAACUCUAGUUGGUCUUUUAACUGAGAUUCUCAGCAGUUCAAGGUCAUCAAUCUAUCAAGAAAUUGAGGAUGCAUUGUACCGAAUAAAGAGUCUGGGAAUUGAUCACGUUACGGCUGUUAAUGGACAAAUACCACUAACAGAUGAACCUCAACUUAAUGCAGCAUUAGAUGAACGCCAUUUCAAUAGCAUUGUAGAUACUCAGUCAGUUACUACACCUGAAGAUAUCGCUCAAUUAAAAGCACUUUUAAAACAGCAUGUUGAUGACAUGAUAAAUUUGUGUUCCCGGGAUGAAUAUAGUUCGAAAACUAAACCUUAUUUAGAUAAAGCAGAAAUCUUGUGUGAACUCGGUCAUUUGUUCUCACCAACUUCGGAUUCAGAUCGUUUAUUAAGUUUCGUUACAACUAAUCAUAAAAUUAUUGUUAUAUCGGACAAAUUAGAUCGCCAGUUGAAAAAAUUAAAUGAUCAUGUUAACAACACCAAACGUGCUAUAUCGGAUCUGUAUAACAAAUUCCUUCCUCAUCAUGGUUUGCCUGGAUAUAAUAUACAGACAGAUUCAUUAUUAGAGAUUUUGUUGCCUGGGUUUUCAAUGAAACAUCAGAAAUGCUUUGCUUUGCAGUCAUUCAAAGAUGCUUCGUCAUCGAGUUAUGAUCUUUCACUUUCUGUAUAUAAACAACAAAUGAAGGAUCAUUUUGAUUACAUAUCGUCAGCACUUAAAAAUAUGUUCACAAAAGGUACUUCAUGUGAUUUAUGUUCCAAGCGCUUCAAAAUAACAAGAGUCAUUACAGACCAAAUUAUCUCCGAAUGCAGUCCUUGUGAUUUAUGUUCAUUAUGCUCAGAAGAUCUAUCAGUAUAUCCCACAUUUGAUUGGCUUAUGCGUUUUGAACAUCACUGGUCCAGUUCUACCUCAUCUAGUGUGAACAAUGAGGAAAUUGUUGAUCUAACUGAUGAAACGGAUUGUGGAAAUUAUGGCAUCUUGAUUCUUCUGUGUAGCCCUGUUUCCACUGCUCUUCGACUUUGUAUAAAUGAAAUUCAAGAGUAUUUGGCUCAAUUGGGACAAAUUCUUCAAUCACAUGGGAACCGAUUAAAUGAAAUCAUUUCAAGCGUGAAUCAAUCGUUAAUUCAACAACUACCAAGCUGUUUGAUGGAUUUCAUCAAUAAGAUGUGCAGUUCACAAGAUCCAUCAGUUCUUACCAAUCAUUCUGACUUAACCUAUGAACUCUGCAAAAUAUUGUGUGUUUUCCUUACAUUCAAAGUGAAUUUGUUGCCGUGUAUUCAAUUGAUCGAACAUAUUUUAUCAUCACUAUGUUUAUUUAACGAUAUUAACGAAAAUACUCUACAAAAAUUAGGUUCUUAAUGUGUGUUUUUUCAAGUAACUCUAUUUAAAGCUUGUUUACCAAACAGUCACGUUUAGCUAUUUACAAAUUUUUUGAUCAUUGUUGUUUUUUUAUACAUUAUUUGUCAGCGUUUGUUUUAUUAUAUAAGUUGACGAUUGUUGUUGGUAAAUUUUGAUAUUUCUAUAUCAGUACGUAAGUAAUAAUAGAUCUGGUUAACAUGGUUCUUUGUUUAUUACCUUUUCUUUAGUAUUCGUUAUCUUAACUAUUCAUAGUUUUCCACUUCUGUGUAUAUGUAUCAGCUGUUUUUUUCAUAUACCUGAGUAUAUGGGCAGAUGAUGAUAUACAGAUAUCCAAUUGCAUUUGUCUUUACUUUUUCACGUUAUUUCAUCUGUUUGGCCACAUAUUUUCAACUUCGUUUGUAUUUUUACUGCUUUUCUUUCUUGUAACUCAUUGUGAAAUUGUCAUCAUUUACAUACUUUUAAUUUAUAUAUAUCUACAAGACUUUUAUUAAUACUGAUCUGAAAAUUAAUAAAGUAUUUUAUUCAGUUGUGCGU